CAAAAGUGAUCCAUCUCGAAACAAGAGUUAGCGUCUUUGGCACAAGCAUCAGCUGCUCUUUCCAGAAAAUCUCUACAUUCUAUCAACCCAGGCGGACUUUCAGACUGGUUCAUUUGUCUAAAUUUUUUCCGGCGACAACAGAACCAGAAAACUGCUCCGAUGGAAGUAACUCGGCGCUACAAGACACUAGCUGUAGCUACCGUGGAUGUCGACGUCGCAAAGACGAUAACCAUGGGUUAUUCUGCUCCUACGGAAGGAGAAGCAUCCAUAUCGCUCGACCAGCUCCCACAACAGCUGUUCUGGGAGACUCUGGAACUCUACUGGUGGAACGGCUUCUGGUACCGCCCCCGCCAUCUCGAGGCCGCCCUGGCUCUUCGCUCACAGUUCCGGCCGCGAGACGACGACGUCCUCUUGGCGUCUGCCAUGAAAACCGGAAGCACGUGGCUCAAAGCACUCUGUUUCUGCAUCUUGACGAGCAAGAGAAAUGAACGGAGUCGAGAAAACGGCAACAUCGCGGUCAGCACCGAUCGAGAAGAUCAGUCGGAAGACCCCCUCGCGGCUAACCACCCGGCGCAUUACGUGAAGACCUUGGAGGUCCAGGUAUUUACGGAGAACCCGCCUCCGGACCUCUCGGUCAUCGAGUCGCCGAGGUUGUUCCACACCCACUUGCCUUACAGCGCGCUUCCCGAAUCCGUCAAGGCCUCUCCAUGCAAAAUCGUCUACCUCACGCGCAACCCGAAAGACACCCUCGUCUCCCUGUGGCACUUCUUCAACCACUUCCGGACCGACGAGGAGGGCCCCUUCCCGUUCGAGCGCGCCUUCGAGAGCUUCUGCGACGGGGUCUGCUCCUUCGGGCCUUUCUUCGAGCACGUGCUCGAGUACUACAGAGCGAGCUUAGCGAUGCCGGAGAAGGUGCUGUUCCUGAAGUACGAGGACCUGAAGAGAGACCCGAGAGGGCAGGUGAAGAGGCUGAGCUCGUUCCUCGGGCGGCAGCUGGAGGAGGAAGAAGAGGAGGUGGAGGACAUCGUCUGGAGGUGCAGCUUGGAGAGGCUUAAGAACCUGGAGGUGAACAGGAACGGGGUCGAUCCGUGGGUGAACAUGCCGAACAGCGUCUUCUUCAGGAAGGGCGUCGUCGGGGACUGGAAGAGCUUGUUCACGGCGGAGAUGGCCCGGCGUCUCGACGAGAUCGCAAGGACAAAGCUCGAAGGGUCAGGACUCGACCUUGGCAUCGAUACGUGAUGAAGGCGACUUGAUCCGGGUUUUCAGGGAGGAUCCAGUUCUUAAUAAGAUCAUUCCAAUAAAAUCAUCGAAUGAAUUUCAUUACAGUUUUCGUUGCAACAAAACAAUGUUCAAAUGAUAUUUGAUUAGCUAUUUCGUUGGAUA